AUGGAAAGUAUCGUUAUUUAUUUUUGUUGCGAGAACACCGCCUCUUCCGAAGAGUUUCGAUUCGCAAACGGUUCCAUCUUCUUGGCCGGACUUUGGGACAAGAACGCACCUCGUCCAGUCUCAGCACUUUUUCGAGUGGAAGGUGGAGGAACUGUGCGAACGGAUUUGGGGAAAAAUAUUGGAGUGAAGACGGGUGGAGCGGCCGAAGAUAUGGUGAUUGAAACAAUCACAGCCGAGAAUGCGAGCGCCCACGAAUUACAGGAAUGUGUUGGGAUGCUACGUUCUGAUCCAGUAGCGGGUUUAUCAUCCGCUGAGGCAACAAGAAGGCGGCAAUUUCACGGUUUCAACGAAUUCGAAGUCAACGAUCCGGAGCCAAUAUGGAAGAAGUACGUUGAACAGUUUAAAAACCCCCUCAUCUUACUUCUCCUCUCCAGCGCCAUAGUCUCCAUAUUGAUGAAACAGUUUGACGAUGCAAUUUCCAUAACGGUUUCCGUUGUCAUUGUGGUGACUGUAGGAUUCAUUCAAGAAUAUCGCUCGGAAAAGACUCUGGAGCAACUAUCCAAACUUGUACCACCAGCUUGUCAUGUAUUACGAGAUGGAAGAGAGCACGAGAUGUUAGCUCGAGAAUUGGUACCAGGGGACGUUGUGUUACUCAAUACCGGAGAUCGGGUUCCCGCUGAUGUUCGAUUGAUAGAGGCUAGUGAUCUUCAAAUCGACGAGUCGUCUCUUACGGGUGAAACCGAGCCGAAACAUAAAGUUACCAAUGCAAUUCCAAGGCAAAGUAAUGGUGGCCAUGUCGAGCAUAUGGCUAACGUGGCAUUUAUGGGGACGUUGGCUUGUUCGGGUCGAGGAAGGGGUCUUGUAAUUGCAACGGCAUCUAGCUCACACUUUGGCGAAGUCUUCAUAAUGAUGCAAGAACAAGAGUCUCCGAAAACACCCCUGCAAAAGUCUAUGGAUCAUCUCGGUAAACAGCUGUCGAUCUACUCAUUUGGUGUCAUUGGCUUGAUCUUCGUGAUUGGUCUAGUUCAAGGGCGGAACGUUCUCGACAUGUUUACGAUUGGAGUCAGUCUUGCUGUUGCCGCGAUUCCUGAAGGAUUACCAAUUGUUGUGGCAGUUACAUUGGCUAUCGGAGUUAUGCGAAUGGCAAAUCGACGAGCUGUUGUCAAGAAAAUGCCGGCCGUUGAGACACUUGGAUGUGUUACUGUGAUUUGCUCAGACAAGACGGGGACACUAACAAAGAACGAAAUGACUGCAGUCGUUGUUGUUACAGCAGAAGGAAGACGAGCUGAGGUGACGGGUCUUGGGUACAGCCUCGAUGGCGGAAGUUGCACUUAUGAGGGUCAACUCGUGUCUGGUUGGAGCCACCCGGAAGUCUCGGCUAUCAUUGAGGCUGGAGCUGUUUGCAACAAUGCAGCGAUAGUGGGCGAAAGUGUAAUUGGUCAACCAACUGAAGGAGCGCUUGUGGUUUUAGCCAAAAAGGCUGGUCUCGAAUCUUGUCGUCUAGCUUAUACUCGCCAAAAGGAGAUUGCAUUUACGCACGAAAACAAAUGGAUGGCUGUGCAAUGUAUCAAUCAGCAGGGUCAAAUCAUGAAUUUUUGCAAAGGAGCAACUGAUCGAAUCAUCGACAUUUGUGACUCGUAUUUAUCAGCAGACGGGCGACGAAUUCCGUUGGACCCACAGACAAGGAAAAGAAUCAACGAUGGAGCUUGUGCUGUUGCUAGUCAAGGCCUUCGGGUACUUGGAUUGUGCAGGGGUGAAAGUAUGCAAUCACUUCAACUUCUCGGAAUGGUUGGAAUGUGGGAUCCUCCGCGUCCUGGCGCCACAGAAGCAAUCGAAGUUGUAAAAUCAUCAGGAGUCGACGUUAAGCUAAUCACAGGAGACAGCCGAGAAACAGCACAAAGCAUUGGAGAGCGUCUCGGGAUUCAUUCAACGUCGGAUAUGUGCCUUUCCGGACAACAAAUUGAACAAAUGAGCGAACAUGACUUGGAAAUGGUGAUUCGUCAAGUGACCAUAAUCUAUCGGGCGACUCCGCGACACAAACUGAAGAUUGUGAAGGCGCUACAAACAUUGGGCGAAGUGGUGGCAAUGACCGGUGAUGGUGUGAAUGAUGCAGCUGCCUUGAAGAAAGCUGACAUUGGAAUAGCAAUGGGAAUCAGUGGCACAGAUGUUUGCAAAGAAGCGGCCGACAUGGUUCUCUGUGAUGACGAUUUUUCAACUCUUGAGCACGCGAUUGAGGAGGGAAAGGGCAUUUACCACAAUAUCACAAACUUUGUUCGCUUCCAGCUAUCAACCUCAGUGGCAGCCCUUUCCCUUAUUGCAGCGUCAACGAUCUUUCACUUUGAGAACCCUUUGAAUGCUAUGCAAAUUCUUUGGAUCAAUAUUAUCAUGGAUGGCCCACCAGCACAGAGUCUCGGCGUUGAACCUGUUGACGCCGACAUUAUUCGCCAGAAACCCCGGAACACAAAACAGCCGAUGUUGAAUGGACGCCUGAUUGCACAUAUUCUUUCAUCUGCCGCUAUCAUCGUGCUGGGCACGCUCUGGGUCUUCUAUAAAGAGAUGUCAGCUGACAACAAGAUUACUCCGCGGGAUACGACGAUGACGUUUACGUGUUUUGUGCUUUAUGAUAUGUGGAAUGCGCUCUCUUGCCGAAGUAGUCGGAAAAUGAUUUGGGAGAUUGGUCUUUUGAGAAAUCGAAUGUUCUGUUUGGCCGUCUCGGGGUCGUUGCUUUGUCAACUAGCAGUCAUCUAUUGGGCUCCACUUCAACACGUUUUCCAAACUGAGGCACUCUCCGCUUAUGACCUGGUUUUUCUCACCAUUCUCUCGUCGUCAGUAUUUGUAUUCAACGAGACAAGGAAAUACAUCGAACUUCGACACGGGAAUGAGCUCCCGUCGGCAGGAAAGGGAGAUUUUGUUCCCACAGACAUCAAGACGACA